AUGUCACGAGCAACUAAGAGAAAACACGUUCUUAGAGAGAUAGACGACUACUCCCCACCAACAGAGAACCAACAAAUAGUAAAAAUCGUUGAAAGUAAAGGAAAUAAUCUUCAUGAAGUGGAGACAGCAGAUAAAACCAGGUUUCUGGUUUCCAUGCCGACGAAAUUCAGGAAGAAUAUCUGGAUCAAACGUGGUGAUUUCAUUAUAAUAGAGCCCAUUCAAGAAGGUGUUAAGGUGAAGGGUGAAAUAGUUAGAAUUUUGACCAGUGAACAUAUUAAGUACUACAAACAAGACAAUAUUUGGCCCAAUUUCGACAAUAACAAGCGGCAAUUAGAAGAAGUUGUCGAUGAUGAUUUACCUAUGAACACAAAUCGAGUGCCGGCCAUGGUUGAAAUGUACAGCGACAGUGAUGACUCUGAUAGUGAUAAUGCAAUUGAUUCUGAUAGUGAUGAAAAUGAAAAAUAA